AUGGCAAGUGCUCCACAAAUCACCAAGAAGAAGAAAGCCGUUUUAGACGGUGUUUUCAAGGCUGAACUGAACAACUUUUUGAUGAAGGAACUUGCCGAGGAUGGAUACUCUGGUGUUGAGGUGCGCCGUACACCUGCUCGUGCUGAAGUCAUCAUCAUGGCUACUCGUACGCAAUCCGUACUUGGAGAACGAGGACGUCGCAUCAAAGAAUUGACUUCCGUUGUCCAGAAACGCUUCGGUUUUGAGGAGGGAUCUGUUGAGCUCUACGCUGAGAAGGUGUCCAAUCGUGGACUUUGUGCCGUUGCUCAAUGUGAAUCGCUCCGAUACAAGCUUGUAGGAGGUUUGGCGGUUCGACGAGCUUGUUACGGAGUGCUCCGUUUCAUUAUGGAGUCCCAAGCCCAAGGCUGUGAGGUUAUUGUGUCUGGUAAGCUGCGUGGUCAACGUGCUAAGGCUAUGAAAUUCGUUGAUGGUUUGAUGAUUCAUUCUGGUAACCCAGUUAACGAGUACAUUCAGCAGGCUGUUCGACACGUUCAACUUCGCCAAGGUGUCAUUGGUAUCAAGGUAAAGAUAAUGCUUCCUCACGAUCCUCGAGGUCAGAUGGGUCCAAAGAACGCUCUUCCUGAUCAUGUACAGAUCCUUAAACCCAUACCUGAGGAGAAUCCCACUGAACCUAGUUCAGAACAUAAAGUCGAGAUGAAGGACAAUCUUCCAAUUGUUCCUCCACCGAUGCAACCUGUUGAAGUCACACCGGCCUACUAA